UUUUGAUUGUCAACAGUAAUGACAGAAAGUACUAGAAACGGGAAGAAAAAGUAGCAGUAGAAACUUUUCGAUAUUUUUGCGUUAUAAUUUUCGUUUUUACAAUAUAUAUAUAUACUUUUGAUAAAAAAGCAAGAUUAGUCAUUUCAGUGACUAGAGGCUAAGAGAGAGCGAAUUUGCAAAAAAAAAACCUAAACAUGACGGAGGACAUGUUAGGUGCGGAUAUAUGCAGGGUCUGUCGUUCAGACGAUCCUGACAGACCUCUUUUUCAUCCCUGUAUUUGUACGGGUAGCAUAAAAUGGAUUCAUCAGGAAUGUUUGCUCCAGUGGAUGAGAUAUUCGCGAAAAGAAUAUUGCGAACUUUGUGGACAUCGUUUUUCAUUUGCUCCAAUUUACAGUCCCGAUAUGCCACGACGUUUACCAUUGAGAGACGUUGUUGGUGGUUUAUUUUCAAGUAUUGUCACCGCCGUGAAAUAUUGGCUGCAUUACACUCUAGUUGCAAUUGCCUGGCUCGGUAUUGUUCCUUUGACAGCGUGUCGGAUUUAUCGAGCACUAUUUAGUGGACCACUUGAUUUAAUACGGAUUCUGUCAUUGCCGAUGGAUAUAAUAUCGACGGAGAAUAUUUCCUCGGACGUUUUUCACGGUGGACUCGUGAUAAUAUGUAGUCUGGUGGCUUUUAUCGGUUUGGUGUGGUUACGUGAACAAAUUUUACACGCUGGUGGUCCGGAUUGGUUGGAAAGAGAUAAUGUACAAUUGCCACCUGUUGAUAAUCCACCAGCGGUGGAGGGUCAACAACAACAACAACAACAGCCGCAGCAACAACAACAACAACAACAGAAUGACGAUGAACGUGUUAUUCAUCAGCCUGAUGUUCCGGAAAAUAAUAAUAUACCACCUUUUGUUGAUGAACCGCCAGGUGAAGAGGAACCAGUUGAUGAAGUGAUUCAUCAGAUGAUUAACAAUCCACUGUAUCCAGAGGAAGUGAAUCCAGUCGUUUUUCCCGAGGGACUAGUGAGAGAGGAGGAAAUUGCCGCUCCUCGACAGGACGUUGAUAGACCAAACGGAAGAGUAAUGAGGAAUUUAGCUCAUCUGAGGGCUCAUUUUCAGGGGCAACCAGCUCCGUUGCAGGGACAGCCACAAAUUCAGGGCGAGGCGGAGGAAGCGAAUUGGAAUCCAAUGGAGUGGGAUCGUCCCGCUGAAGAGCUCACUUGGGAACGUCUUCUAGGCCUCGAUGGAUCCCUCCUCUUUCUCGAGCAUGUCUUUUGGGUCAUUUCUUUGAAUACACUUUUCAUCAUUGUGUUCGCCUUCUGUCCGUAUCACAUCGGACAUUUCGCGAUAGCAAACGUGGGACUUCAGGAAUACGCGGCAGCCUCACAUUUUGAAGGUCUGGUGACAACGUUGAGUGGUUAUUGCGUAAUUGGAGUGUGUUUGGUGAUUCUGCACACGUUGGCUGCACUCUUUGGUUUGCGAACAUCGCAAAGAAUUCUUGGACUUUGCUACGUUGUGGUGAAGGUGUCACUCCUCUCGGUGGUGGAAAUUGGUGUCCUGCCACUUGUUUGCGGAUGGUGGCUCGAUAUUUGCUCACUGGCAAUGUUUGACGCCACUCUCAAGGAUAGAGAAUCGUCAUUUCGUCAUGCGCCAAGUACAUCAAUGUUUAUCCACUGGCUCGUUGGAAUGGUUUAUAUUUACUAUUUUGCCUCAUUCAUUCUUUUACUGCGCGAAGUUCUGCGACCUGGUGUUCUUUGGUUUUUGCGAAAUUUAAAUGAUCCAGAUUUCUCGCCAAUACAGGAAAUGGUACAUUUGCCAAUAUUGCGACACGUGAGACGACUUGUAGCUUCGGCUGUUAUUUUUGGUACUGCGAUUUUGUUGAUGCUUUGGCUUCCUGUGAGAAUACUGCGAUGGGCUUGGCCGGGAUUUCUUCCUUAUACGGUUACUGUUCAGAGUGAAGCUCAGGUGAGCGAAUUGUCCUUGGAGUUGCUACUGUUACAAGUGAUUCUACCGGCUUUACUGGAGCAGAGUCAUACGAGAACUUGGCUCAAGGCUCUGGUGCGAGGAUGGUGUCAAGUGGUGGCUUGGGUUCUCGAUUUGCAGUCGUAUCUUUUGAGAGAUCAGACAGAAGAUCCUGGACCAGCGAUUGCCGACGAGCCACAACAUCCGGAUUUGGGAGCUGCUCAUCAAGCGAUGAUUCAAAGAGAGGCACCUACUGAUUUUCAGCCUUAUGUGAGACCACGCUGCUUCCAUGCGAGGUUAAUUGGAUUACUGCUCUUCGUGUGCGUUUCCCUUGUGAUUGCGAGUCUGAUCGCCAUGACUCUUCCGGUUUGGCUUGGACGUCGAGUCAUGGCUCUGUGGAUGGCCGGAGCUCCUGCGCCGCCGUCACCUCCAGUCUUACCUCCGACAUUACCCGCCAGCAAUGGAAGCGAAACGAUUGUGACAUUAUGCGGAAGAGUUCACGAAGUUUAUACAGUCGCUUGUGGAACGUACGUUUGUUGGGCGGCAUUCAGAGGAUUGGCAUUGGCAAUAUCGUGGCUUCCACGUGGGAGACGAGCAAUAAUCGAUCGUAUCAAGCACUGGGCAAUUCUCGGAGCUAAAGCAUCAGUGGCAUUUUUUUUGUUAAUUGGAGUAAUUCCAUUGUUAUUUGGUCUUCUUCUUGAGCUCGUUGUUGUGGUACCAUUGCGUGUUCCACUCGAGCAAAAUCCAAUACUAUUCAUUUGGCAAGAUUGGGCUCUCGGUGUUUUAUAUACAAAAAUAGCCACCGCAUUGACAAUGAUGGGUCCCGAAUGGCGACUUCGUCUUGCAAUUGAAAAAGCCUAUACAGAUGGAAUUCGAGAAAUGGAUUUGAAAUUCAUUGUCACGGAAUUAGCAGCUCCUGUGAUAUGUUGUUUCGGUCUUGCUCUUGCAAUUCCCUAUGCAAUCGCUUAUGGAAUUGUUCCCCUAUUAGUGACAAAUAUUCAAACACAAAUCCUAAUUGCACGACGUCUCUAUCCAUUUCUUUUAUUGGUCAAUGUUGUUUGCAUUGUCAUUCUAUUUCAAAUUCGUCAAUUCAAAAAGCUCUAUGAGCAUAUUAAAAAUGAUAAAUAUCUCGUGGGUAAAAGACUUGUUAAUUAUGAACAUAGAAACAAGUCACAAUCGCAACAACAGCAACAACAAAGAUCAAAUUGAUUUUUGAGAAUUGCGAUUUAGAUUUAGCUUCGUGUACAUUCUGAAUGAUCAGCUCGAAUAAGUGACGAAUUAAUAACAAAAGAACGUUACUCGGAUUUUGUUUCUUUAUAGUUUAAUAUAUAUUUAUCUAAAAGCGAUACUUCGUUUCGCUUUGUCAGUUGUAUAAUAAUCCACGAUGCUUUAUUUAUAGUCAAUUAUUAACUUAUUUUAUUAUUCGGGUCAGCGACGAACGGAAAUUGGUUUCUAUUUAGCAGAAUUUCGUUUGAAAUUUUUUUUUUAACGAAAGAACUGAUUUUUAUUUAAGUUUCUUUAAACAUUUUUUUUCUAUAAUUUAUAUUUCAAAUUCAAUCAGUGUAAAAUUAUUAUUUAAAAGUAAAUACCUUCAAAUGGUUCAGUUAAUGAAUAGAGAAAAGUGCAUGUGUACAAAUAACUGGAUUGAAUAUAUUGAGAAGGAUUUAGAUUAUAAUUAAUGUACUAAAGUAUUAUAAUAGUAAUUUGACUUUUCCAUAAAUUUGUCAAUAUUCAUUUGAAUUUUGUUUUUCUUUCAAACUAAAUUCAAAGGAAUUUUAACAAUAUUCCAUUAUUAAUAAUAAUUGAUAUAUCAACCUGAUUAAAAUUACAGGUCGUUAUCAUGUGCAGUGUACUAUUUUUUAUUUUUAGAAAGAGAGAACGCUCAUAUUUUUUAUUGAAAUAGUUGCUUCAAAUUAUAUAAAUUGCAUUAAAUCUUUCAAAUUAAUAAAAAUUAAAAACAACUAUUUUUUUAAAAA